CACACACGUGACCUCCCUGUUUUCACCCCAGUUAAACGCAUGUACUUAAAAAGACAGGCCACUACCAUUCACCAACACAAGCACGAUUAACACUAUAUAUUUAAUGUCAGCAAGGUAAGAUCUCACUGCUGCUGCUGCUGCUGCUGCUGCUGCAGGAGGAGGAGGACUAGUUGGAUCACUGGACGCUCCGGACCAUGGCGGCUGCUACGAGCAGCAGCAACACAUCCACAGCCACGCUGCAGAUCAAGCACUCCAGCAUCGAGCAGACGCGGAAACGCAUCGACCCGAGGAGGAGGCAAGCAGCGCUGUCUUUUCUCAGCAACAUUUCUCUGGAUGGACGACCCGUGCAAGACGACGCGGACAAUCAAACCGAGGAGGACGAGGAUGAGUCGUCGCUUGAGGCGGCUAGGACUAGACAGAGCCUGGUUUCUCCGGAGCGCACCGCGGCGGCUGCAGCAGCUUCUUCUUCUGCGGCGGCUGCUGCUGCUGCGUCGGCGGCUGCUGCCACCACGGCCGCCCAGGCGCUCGCUUUUGCAAACCAGGCUCUCCUCGCAAGCAGCAGUCGGGCUAGUUUCGGUACAGACACGGAGGGCGACGCUUUCAUGCCCUCUCCGUUCUCCGCGGUGCCAGCAGCGACCAGAGGGAGGCUGCAGACCUACACUCAGGGAGUCCUACCUGCCUCUUACUCCAGACAACCCUCCCAGAACUACAGCCUGGUGGAGGGAGGACAGAUAGCCAACUCUGCCAUAGAGCUGCAGAGAUCAAGACGAAGACUCAUUUCUCAGCGCUCUUCGCUUGAAACGCUAGAGGACAUUGAGGAGAAUGCUCCUCUACGCAGAUGCCGAACCCUAUCGGGUUCACCCCGACCAAAGAGCUUCAAGAAGAUCCACUUCAUAAAGAACAUGAGGCAACAUGAUAUGCGCAAUGGAAGGAUAGUCCUUAUCAGUGGCAGAAGAUCCUUCUAUAGUGUAUUUUCUGUCCUGCCCUAUCGAGAUUGUAGCCAAGCAGGGGAAGUGAAGCUGGAAGGAGCUGGGCGUCAGCGGCACCCGUCAGGAGGCGUCAGUGCCAAGGAGAUGGUGAUCGGGCUGGAGGGAGUGGAGUUGGGAGCUGAUGGAAAGACUGUGUCCUACACCCAGCUCCUGUAUCCCACCAACGCGCUGGGCGGUCGAAGAAACACCAUCGACUCCACCUCGUCCUUCUCUCAGUCUCGUAACGCCAGCCAUAGAAGCCUCAGUUUGGGCCGAGCCAACAGCAACCAGAGCAGCAUAGACACAGGGAAUGAUUUGGGGGACUUCCGCGAGUACGACCCCAAUCUGCUGGAUGACCCCCAGUGGCCUUGUGGAAAACACAAGAGAGUCCUCAUCUUCCCCUCCUACAUGACUACGGUCAUAGAAUACGUCAAACCCUCUGACCUCAAGAAGGACAUGAACGAAACCUUCAAGGAGAAAUUCCCCCACAUAAGGCUCACACUCAGCAAGAUCAGGAGCUUGAAAAGGGAGAUAAAAAAGUUGGCCCAGGAUGAAUGUGGUUACGAGGAACCGACAGUGGCCAUGGCUUUUGUCUACUUUGAAAAACUCGUGCUUCAAGGCAAACUAAACAAGCAAAAUCGUAAACUCUGCGCCGGAGCUUGUGUCCUUCUGGCGGCCAAGAUCGGCGGUGAUCUCAAGAAACACGAGGUCAAGUUCCUGAUAGAUAAACUGGAAGAGAGAUUCAGAGUGAACCGCAGAGAGCUGAUAGCCUUCGAGUUCCCGGUCCUGGUGGCGUUGGAGUUCAACCUGCACCUGCCCGAAAACGAGAUCAUGCCCCACUACAGACGCCUGCUGCAAACCUCCUAGCAUUAGUGACCCAUCAGGAGGACGACCAGCAGGUCCUCCUUCUGAUCCUCUGCUUCCCACCGUAUCCAUCCUCCAACCUCUCUCUCCUCGUCCCUGUCUGACAGCUCUAAGGUACCACUGGCUGUCACCCAGCUGCAGCCGACAGCACUCUUCUUCUUCGUCUCAGAGACCUGAAAUCAGCCAAAGGGACACACAUUACUAAAAACUUUCCUCCAUCGUUUGACUUCCACAUUCGUCAUCACUACACGGACUUCUGAAGGAAAGGGUUCAACCGUCUGCAAAACUAAUUGUUUUUCCAGUUUGCAUGUUCUCACGUCUUCAUCUCCACUUUGUAUAUUUUUUGGAGCUCUCUUGUUGAUUAAGAGAGCUGUUUUUGUUUGAAUCUGAUGGUGAACUGUUUUUUUUUUUCUUCUCAGUUAAAACAACCAAUGAUUGUAACAUUUUUAUCAACUCUUUUCAUUAAUCUCCUCUCUUGUAAACUUUGGUAUGAUUUGUUGCCUCCUGACCUGCUUACAGUUUAAACAAAAGCCUUUUAAGCGGCUGGUUUUGGCUGGACUUCCUGAGAGUGACUCAUCUUUUCGCAAGUCAUCGUCUUAAAAGUGCACUUUUUUUGAAUAUUGCGAGACAUCUGGGGGAAAUGGGACAUUUUUCCAGAGUUUUAAUGAGCUUGGGAACUAACCCUGAAAAAUAAGCUGUGUUCAUAAACACCACACACCAUGUCAUUUGAAUGAACCUUUUGAAUUGUUUUUCUCUUUUAUGGUUUUAUUCACGAUUUUUUCUAGCCACAACUAUCCGCAUGAUAAGUAAUGAUUGUUUGCAUACCGGUACUUGCAGACAAGAUGGGACUUCCUAUUUUCACUGAAGUAUUCCAUUCAUUUUCUACCAGUCAAAUGCUUGCUACGGACUUACAGAGACCAGACCCACUUUUAUCAGUGUCGAAUUUCCUGUGCUCUAUGUUAGAGUGUAUUGCUAGCACAUUUACGGUGCUAUAACGGGGUCAGGAAGGUAGUUUUGAAGAGGUGUUCAUGAGUGCAAAAAUGCCAUUAAACGGUGAUCGGGAUUUGCAGCAGAUUGGCAGCAGGGUGCUCUAGUGUUGAGAGAAAAUGUCCUUCACCUGGAGGACGUGGGCUAAGUCUCUGUCCCUUCAGGCUUCAGGGACACUUUAUCUGAUCUGACCUCUGACCUCUCAGAGGAUGAGAAAAAUCUUAAUGAGAUCCCAAAAGGGAUCAAUGAUGGAUCAAACAUUUGCAUAUAACUUGAAUCAGCAUUUGUUGAUUUGAAAUCUAAAAUGUUAAAAAAAAAAAAAAAACACUGAAAAUUAACAAUUAAUGUGACCAAUUUAAAAAAGUAUUAUUCCAUUCAUUUGGCAUGUAUCUCAACUUGAUUUUUAUUACCUUGAAAUUGUCUCACAAUACCACAGAGUAUUGAGGGAAAAAAAAGGUAUUUAAUGCUGCUCCAAGUAUUGAUGGUAUUUGAGUUGAAAUGAUCACAACAUUAAACCAAAUUGUAAUGAGAAAAGCAUGGAUUCUGCAGAUUUAAGGUGAAAAAAAUACAGAGCUUAUUUCUGUUUGCAAGCCCAAAGAUUUCGCUAUAAGAUGAUGCACACUAAAGACUCAUGGGCGACACUUAUUAUCUGUGUAUGUUUGUAAAUAAAUUGCUUUGCUUGUUCAAUCAAA